AAGAACGGGUGUGUGUGGACGCUUUAGAUGGAGCCCUAAACCGGAGGGGAAACACCGGGCUAAUCUGGUUACAUAAGAAGCCAUUGAAUUUGCGGAACGUCUCUGCACUAAUCCGCUGAAGUAUUCAUGUUCAACUGUCCCGCGGCGGAGUAACACACACAGGGCACAUGCACGCGCGCACACUUGUGGCUCCGAAGGCGCGCACGCAGAGCGUAUGAAAUAAGAUAAACGCACAGACUGGUAUGUUUGAGGUCCAUGCAUUUAAACGCACCCCUGCAGGAGCUGCUAUGCCUCACGUUGCAAACCCGAACUGGCGGCUUAUGCUGUUCGCGCCCGUGACGAUUCCGCUGACGCGCCACUAGCCGCACCACCCAGGAGACGGGAGAGGAGAGCUGUGAGCGACUGAACGAGCAGGGGACUGACUGGAAACCGGUCUCUCUUUCGCUUUCUUUUCUCCCACCUUGACGACCGUGGACGUAAGCCUGCUGUUGUGCAAGUCCCGUGGACGAUAUUUAAACAAGCGACAGCAAAUUGACCAGUAGCAUCACCCAGGCUGUUCUGCAGAGAUGGAGGUACCAGGCUUGGCGCACAGCAUCACUAGUCCAUUAAGUCCCUGCGAGGGGAUGAUCAAGGACCUGAGCUUGGACGCCAUACAGUUAUGCGAGCGAGAUGGAAGUAAAUCCCAGGAUGGCAGCCUCUCCGAGAUGGAGGAGCUCCCCGUUCCUCAGAACAUCAAGAUCAGCAACAUCACCUGCGACUCCUUCAAGAUCUGCUGGGACAUGGAGCCGCGCAGCAAAGAGCGUAUCACACACUACUUCAUUGACCUGAACAAGAAGGAGAACAAAAACUCAAACAAGUUCAAACACAAGGAUGUUCCUACCAAGCUGGUAGCCAAGGCAGUGCCCCUGCCCAUGACGGUUCGGGGCCACUGGUUCCUGAGCCCACGCACAGAAUACACUGUGGCCGUCCAAACCGCAUCAAAACAGACUGACGGAGACUACGCCAUCUCCGAGUGGAGCGAGAUCGUCGAGUUCUGCACUGCCGAUUAUUCCACAGUGCAUCUAAACCAGCUGUUGGAGAAGGCAGAGGUCAUCGCCGGCCGGAUGCUGCGUUUCUCUGUCUUCUACAGGAACCAGAACAAAGAGUACUUCGACCAGGCCAGGGAGGCGCAGAACAACCGGAUGCUUCUGUCAGUGAAAGACAACAGUGGCAGCCACGGCUCGCCCAUCAGCGGCAAGCUGGAGGGCAUUUUCUUCAGCUGCAACACAGAGUUCAACACAGGCAAGCCUCCACAGGACUCCCCUUACGGCCGCCACCGCUUCGAGGUCCGGGCUGAGGUACUCUUCAACCCUGACACCAACCUGUAUUUUGGAGACUUCUACUGCAUGUACACAGCCUACCACUACGUCAUUCUGGUCCUGGCGCCAAAGGGCUCUACAGGAGACGAGUUCUGUAAGCAGAGGCUUCCUGCGCUAGACAUCACCAACAACCGCUUCCUCACGUGCAAGCAGGAUGAAGACGGCGACGGCAGUCUGGUGUUUCACCACGCCCAGGACGUCAUCCUGGAGGUGAUCUACACUGAGCCCGUAGACCUGGCGUUAGGUACGGUGGCUGAGAUCAGCGGGCACCAGCUGAUGAGCAUGUCCACAGUAAACGCCAAGAAGGACCCCAGCUGCAAGACCUGCAACAUCAGUGUGGGACGCUAAGAGAAGGCCGAAUGUAGGAGAGGGAGGGAAGGACUAGAGGUGACUGACCUCUAAACACACACAGGAAGUUCAUAAGUACUGAUGAAGCAGACCAACACAUGCAUGAAGCAGCAGAUUUAGUAGGCUCCCAGACAUGCACACCGACAUAUCUCUGACACCGCUCUGUACUCUGAUGAGACCAUCAUUCCCAAAGAAGAGUGGAGGGGAAAAAAAGAGGAAGGUACACACUCUGACACCUGCACCGCUGUCUCCUCAUCUGAAAAGGGUUACCCUAAAUGUCGAAAACAUGCAUCAAACAUACCUAAAGAUUUCCCAUGUAAGGGACCACCAAGUAAACCUGGGACACCAACAACACACAUUCAUCCUGCAAGUCAACACAGGCUGACUAAACCCUUUAACUGUACUAACAUGGGCUGCUUCUCUUCAAUUUCCUGUUACUUUAAACACUUGUCCCAUAUUUUGUUAAUGACCUUUGCCUUGUUAUUAUUGAUAUGCUGAUGACCGAGUGUCCACUGUCUGGGUGGACACGCAUUUUGUUGUUUCCAAUUACUUUGACCGUCGUUUUAGAAAUGUUUUCUUGUCAUUCCACAGUAGAUGAAUUCAGACUUGUUUUUUUACGUCCUACUAGUGGCACAGACUGGUACUAAAACUUUCGAGGGCUGCAGCAUCGAUAGUCAUCUUUCUUUAUACCAAAGGUGUUAAAAACAAGACGUGAAACCGCUGUGGAGUCUAAACACUACGAAUGCAACAGCCUCUAAAAUGUGUAUUCACUAAGUCUUCGACCAAGUGUGAACUCCUUGUUAACCUUUAAAAAAAAAAAAAAAAAAAAAAAAAGAAGCAUGAUGCAGCUCUGUGCAGCAUGAGUAUGAAAGCUGUCAGUACCUCUACCAUAGCAACCUUUUCUGCAACACUCGUUCUUAUUUUAUCGUAGUCUGUGGAAAGAAAGAAAGUAGAACCAUAAACUGUGUUUAGCAGAAUAAAUGUGAAAAAAUAUUUAUUUUUCUCGAUACAUUCAUAUAUAUAUAUUAUCUAUAUAUAUAUAGAAAAUUAUAUAAACCAGAAGUGCACAAUGUCACAAGCUCGGAUCAUUGUCAACAACAGCAUUUAGGGGGAAUUAUCUUCAUACAGGCAAAAUGGGGGAUAAACACGAAUUUGACAGCAGAUAGAACUUGCACUACAAUGCCAAUGUUCACACGCUAUUUUCCAAGGUGAACAUGUAAAUCCGAUGGUCAGAAUUUGAAAUUCUUAAUGCAUAUCAUAGCACAAUGUAGGACUAAAAAACUGACAUGCACAAACACGACAGGAUUGUCUCAUUGAUUGCAUUUAAACUUACACCUUCUUUUGCCAAGAUAGCACUUUUAAAAAAAAUAAAUAAA